AUGAAAGAUUGCCUUAUGAAACUAAUGAACAUGAACAGCGAGAAGUCCAUGGAAUGCAUCUGCCUUUUGCUCACUACAAUUGGAAAAUCCUUGGAAAAUGGACAAUGUCGCUUGGACAACUAUAUCAGCAACAUUGACAACUUUAUUAAAAACCGGAAAACAUCUUCGCGGAUUCGAUUUUUAGUGCAGGAUGUACUGGAAUUAAGAAGAAAUAACUGGGUACCUCGACAUAAACCUCAGGGACCGAAAACAAUAGAUCAAAUCCAUAAAGAGGUAGAACUGGAAUCUGGACGAAAAGAGCAGUGA